GGCUUUACCAACUGGAAUAAAAGAGAUUUUAACCAGUUUAUCAAAGCAAAUGAAAAAUGGGGCCGUGAUGACAUCGAAAAUAUAGCACGUGAAGUAGAGGGUAAAACUCCUGAGGAAGUCAUUGAAUACUCAGCUGUCUUUUGGGAAAGAUGUAAUGAGCUCCAGGACAUUGAGAAGAUCAUGGCUCAGAUAGAGAGGGGUGAAGCCAGAAUUCAGAGGAGGAUAAGCAUUAAGAAAGCACUAGACACAAAGGUACAUAUGUAAAAUCUGAAUACCAAU